UUAGAAAACUGUAAAAAAGAAAAUGCCCCGUUGAAAAAUACAAACAAUAAUCUAAAAAAAGAACUAGAAGACUUGAAAGAAAAAAAUAAAAAUCUUGAAAAUGAUAAUGACAAUCUAAAAGAAAAACUGAAAAAAUGCAAAGAAAAUAAACCAAACGAAACAAAACCAACACUAGAAAAAGAGAAUAAAGAACUAAAAGAACUCGUAGAAAAAUACAAAAAAGAAAUUAAAGACUUUGAAGAAGGAAUCAACAUAAUGAAAAAAGAAUUAGAAAAAUGUGAUGCGUAUUACAAAAAGCUAGAUAAAAAAGCAAAUACUAUAUUAGAUAACUUUAUU